GUUUAACGCGUCAAUGUUAAGAUUGUAAGCUUUAGAAAUCGUAUUCUGCAUUUUAAAAAUGCGUAAAUCGGGUUGUGCAUGUUUCUGUUAUUUGCGUCGUUUGAUGAAAAGUGGAUGUAUACAACCGAAUUAAAAGCAUGGCAGAGGCAAGUUCUGCGGAUAAGAAGGAGCAGGAAUUCUUUACAAGAGUAACCCUUGCACUGACCGACUGUGGAACGCAAUUGUUAUAUCAUCUUUUACUACAAAGAAUUCGGGAGCUCACACCAAAAGACUCUCAUCGCCAACCGUGGUCAAUAGACGAGUUUUUAUACCAUAAUGUGAAAGAUAUUUUAAUAUGUAUCGGCAAAGAUAAAAUCAAGACCAACAUUCUUUACCCAGGUUUUGAGAAAAAACCGGAUUUGAGCAAAUGGGAUAUACCCCUUUAUGUGUUUGUACUUCUAAAUGCAUGUGAACUAGAUAAUAAUGACGCGAUACACAGACAGCUCAUCCAUGAACUCGGCAACAUAAGAAACAUAAGAAACAAAAUGCAACACAAGGGUAAUCCUACAUUGGAGGAAGCAAUUUACCAACGUUUUAUUGCACGCAUUGUCGGUGCUGUCGAACGGAUUUGCGACUACAUUCAAGAACCCAGAUUGAAAGAAAAACUUCUCAAAAAACUUGAGAAGUACUCAAGCCUUGGACAUAUAUAUCCAAACGAUGUUAUUUCAGAGACAGGCUGCAAAAGCGUUGACAUAAUUAAUGAAUCUGACGCAGCGGUUGAAAGCGGAUUGCAGGAAAUGAAAACGAUCAUUGAGAAAAAGAGGUUGACAGUGGACAUACCAGUGAUGGAUGUCAUGGUUAUGUUUCGGAACUACAAUAAAGAAAACGAACAUGAAAUUACAGUCAGAUUGCUGGACAUAUUUUCAAAGGCAUUAGAGGAUGGCACAGAAAGAACAGCCGAGAGGGCUUCCAACGAGCUGGAUGGUGUAGUGAAGUCCCUUGUUCGAAAAUUAUUUGACGAGAAAAAAGAGAUAACGAAGGUCAGCAAAGGUUGUCUCGUUCUGUCAAUCCGGUGUCACAAUUUGGACGCAGUCAUUUCUCUGAUACAAGACAGUCUUUCGGGAAAGCUAGAGAAAGUAUUUGAGCCACUUGAAGAUCUAAUACGGACUGAUGCAGAUCAUGAGCGCUUUGAAGUAUAUGUUGGCAUUACGAGGCAAACUUGCUGGGCUCUUUUUAACGACAUAUUCUGUCAAGUGUUAGACAAAUGUGACCACCGUAGAUUCACUGUGGAAAGUGCAGUACAAGAUGAUGGCAUUGUUGUUAGAAUUCAAGGGUUUCUUCAAAAUGCCAUUGUAAAAGAAAACUUAGAGAAGUCAUUUUCCUCGAAGGUUAAACAAGAAAUACGCAAGACAAUAAAGAAAAAAUUGGUGUUAGCUCUUGAUCAACCUCGCAUGGAUAUGAUUUUAUUGUCACCGAAAUUACAUGAAGAGGAAGAAGUGGAAGAAAAGACGACGGGUUCAGCGUCAAAAGAGAUAACAUUUGGGCUAGAAGAAAAAAAGAAAACAAAAGGCGAGAAAGACGUGAGUCAUAUUCCGGUUGUAACUAAGCCGAAGAAAAUGCCGGGUUCCGGAGGCUGGAAGAGGGAAAAGACAAUGGAAGUGGAACUGUUGCAAGAUCGGGUGGAGGUAAAGGAGAAGUCACGCCCCUCACUGAUCAAGAUCAAGGGAAACGACAGGGAAAAAUUACAGGCAGUUGUGGACAAAUAUAAUUAUCAACCAGACAUCAGUGAUUUGAGAGAUGAAACAUCUGUUUUGCAUAAUCGGAUGGAGUCAAAAGAGAAGGCACGCCCCUCACUGAUCAAGGGAAAAAACAGGGAAAAAUCACCAGCAGUUGUGGACAAAUCAAACUAUCAACCAGACAUCAGUGAGUUGAAAGAUGAAACAUCAGUUUUGCAUCAUAGGUUGGAGACAAAGGAGAAGACACGCCCCUCACUGAUCAAGAUCAAGGGAAAAGACAAGGAAAAUUCACCAGCAGUUGUGGUCAAAUUAAAAUAUGAACCAGACAUCAGUGAGUUGGAAAAUGAAACAAAGGCAGAUUGUGCUCCGACGGUAAGGCACAAGAAUGAAUUGGAUAAUAUGGAGUUGCUUGACAAAAACGGGAAAGGCGAAUUCGGUAGCAUUUUUGGGUUGACUGUCGUAAACGACAAGUACCUGGUUGCGGCGGACAAUUGGAAGUUGUGUUUGCGAUGUUUUGACAUUGACAGUAGGAAACAAAAAUGCAUGUAUGAACUUGAAUUGGAACCUUGGGAUAUUACGACAAUAGCUGGUAAUCGUGUUGCAGUGACAACUUCAGCUCAUCAAGUAUGGGUUCUGUGUGUUACUGGAAAUGGAGCCUUGCUGUUGGAAAAUAAAAUUAACGUUGACCGAAGAUGCUAUGGAAUUGCAUCCUGUGGUGAUAACUUGAUUGUUUCUUACGAACAUCCGGAUCCUGGAGUAGAAAUACUGGAUAUGAGGGGGAAUGUGAUAAAGGUGUUUGUAAUGGACGAAGAUCAUAAGGAACUGUUCCAGUUCCCUGAUUACCUGGCAGUAAGCCCUGACCUCAGCACAAUAUACAUCAGUGACUUUGACAAGGACACUUUGACUAUCUGCACCCUAGAUGGCCUUGUUGUUGGUGUAGUAAAGGAUGAAGAAAACAUUGACGACCCACGUAAUGUGACUGUGGACUCUGCGGGUCGUGUAUACGUGUGUUGUCAGAAGUCCCACACUGUGAGCUGGGUGUCUCCGAAGACUGGCACCGUCACGAAGCUGCUUGGGAUAGAGGAUAAUGUGAUGUGGCCAAGAUGUGUCGCGAUUUGUGAUAAAAGAGGCUGUAUUUUUUUAGGGAUGGGGGAUAACAAUGUGAUCAAAAUAUUUAAAAAUAUUAUAUAGACUAAGUUCUGAAAAAAACACUUAGUCAUGAUUCAAAUGUAUAUUACCAUUUGUUUCGCCUUCAAAAUAAUUCGAUAAAAACAAAUGGUCGCUUUUUAGUCCGUUUUAUUCAAUGAAAUGAACCUUUCAUUAUUAUCUUUUGCAUUUGAUGUUUUUCACUUUUAUAUAAUUUUAUUUAAAAAGAGUGCAUUGACAUUAGAUAAGAAAUACAUGGGAGUUAAUUACAUCUAUAAGAUAGUGUUUUUGAUAACAAAUGUUUUUCGUUGAAAUAAGGACACAUUUGCUUUUGUUUUAUGAACAAAAAUAUUAUGUUUGUUACAACAAUAUUGUAUCUGAAUAUGGAUCAAACAGUACUUUGUUACA